GCCUCUGAUGCUCUGCGCGCCGUCCCGAGCAAAUCUGUGCCGGUUGCCUGGUCAACCAAACGCGCGCGCGUCUAACCUGAUGUCGGGGGCGCGCAGUUGGGGACUUAGCGGAGCAGUCGGGGCAAAAAACGAGUUGGACACGAAACGGGGACAAAUAAUGACUUUGGAUUUGGCUUAUUUGGCGUAAUCUGAACAUAAUUAGAUUGUAAUUCAUUAUUUUAUCGAUGCGUGAAGUUUAGAAGGAAGUUUAUUUAUACACGACGGCAAAAACGAUGAAGAAAGUGAUGGAAAGGCGAACGCGCACCUGCUGUCAGUUUAUAUGACUGCUGGAAUUGCGAACUUAUAUCACCCUUGAAUUACACUUUUUAAAGAUCUUUAAAGAUUAUAAGACUAUUUCGUGCAGUUUGGCUUACUUUGGUCGUUUUAUUACACAAAGCAAUUGCAACAAGAAUUGGGUUUUUUAUAUAUUGAACUUCGACUUUAGAUAUUAAAACCCAUGCCAUUUACAAGAAUUGUAUUGUUUGCGUAUUCUUUGUAUAAGUAGCUAUUAGAAAAGGGAGUUAGUGUUGGAUCUGUUGUGGACUGAAUUUUGGAUCUGAAGAGGGCUCUGUCCGAGCCUUAAACAUGUAUGCGGGACGCAAACGAAGAAAACCAGUGCAAAGAACGCUGAAACAACCCCCAUCUGAAGGGACCAAGUCAAACCCAUCCAAACGUCACAGAGAUCGUCUGAACUCAGAGCUGGAUCGCUUGGCCAGCCUCCUUCCGUUUCCCGAGGAGGUCACCGGCAGUUUGGACAAACUCUCCAUUCUGCGUCUGAGCGUCAGUUACCUACGUGCUAAGAACUUCUUCUCAGUUGCACUGAAAAACCACAACGGCAAAGAUGAAUCGGCCAACAACAGUAACCACGACAACAACAAGGCCAAAAAAGAAGCAUGGCUGCCCGAGGGAGAGCUCCUACUACAGGCUCUUAAUGGCUUUGUGUUGGUGGUCACCUCUGAAGGAAUCAUAUUCUACUGUUCUCACACCAUCCAGGAUUAUUUAGGCUUUCACCAGACUGAUGUGAUGCAUCAGAAUGUUAUUGAACUCAUCCAUACUGAGGACCAGCAGUCCUUCAGACGUAACCUUCACUGGGCCCUGAACCCUCCGCCGGUCAACACCCAGACCGAGGACAGCUUGCAAGAUGGAGAACCUGCCCCAAGUAUGUCUCUGAUAUGCACCCCUGAAGAACUUCCCCCUGAAAACUCUUCUUUCCUCGAGAGAAUCUUUGUGUGUCGAUUCCGUUGCCUUCUAGACAACUCCUCAGGAUUCCUGGCUCUAAAUCUCCAAGGACGUCUGAAAUUUCUACAUGGACAAAACAGACACAUGGAUGACGGAGGACAGAUGCCCCCCCAGCUCGCCUUGUUCGCCAUAGCAACGCCCCUACAGACUCCCUCCAUAAUGGAGAUCAGAACCAAAAAUAUGAUCUUCAGAACCAAACACAAGCUGGACUUCACCCCAUUGGCCUGUGAUGCAAAGGGUAAAAUCGUUCUUGGCUACACAGAGGCGGAGUUGAGGGUUCGUGGUACUGGGUACCAGUUUAUCCAUGCUGCCGAUAUGCUCUACUGUGCCGAGAACCAUGUCAGAAUGAUCAAAACUGGGGAAAGUGGUCUGACUAUCUUCAGAUUGCUAACAAAGGACAACCGUUGGAAAUGGGUACAAGCUAACGCUAGACUGGUCUACAAGAACGGCAAACCUGACUACAUCAUUGCCACUCAGAGACCUCUUGUGGAAGAAGAGGGUGGCGAGCAUCUAAGAAAGCGAUCCAUGCAUCUUCCCUUUACCUUUGCCACUGGAGAGGCUCUGCUGUACCAAACCAGCUACCCCAUGCCAGGCUUCCCUGACACCCUUCAGGGUAAAGGAAAGAGUAGCAAAACCAAAAAGAGCAAGGGGCACAGAAGUUCGAAGGAUGACGUGGAUCCCAGCUCUCUGCUCGGAGCCAUGAUGAGACAAGACGAGUCUGUUUACGUUUGCCACCCUGGAAUGGAGACCGGAAUGUCUUUCCACAGUAGCCUCCUCAGCGUGCAGGGAAACCCUAGCACUUCUUCUGCAGGAAAUGAUAUUUGGAGUUCAACACAGAAUGGUGUAGUCGACUGCUCCAAACAAGAGCCCUCAAGUUUUGAUCCUCUUCUGGCCACGUUAGACUCUCUGUCCCUGGAGAAUGAAGAGAGCUGCUCCAACACAGAGCUGUUUAACGCCUUGGAAAACCUCGGACUCAACGCAGAGGAUCUAGAGUUACUACUUCUGGAUGAGAGGAUGAUCCAAGUGGACAUGGAACCGGAUUACAUCCCAUCACUUGAUGAUAUUCUCACCAACAAUGAAAUCCUUUCUUACGUCCACGAUUCACUGGAGAAUCGUAUUGAUAACAGGGCAGGUGGUGGCAGUGAUGUUUCAAUACCUGCCCCUGCAGUUGAUUUUCCUAAACCCUCCAAGCCGUGUUCUCCUUCUAUGUCGGCUCCUGAAGUUACUCCCUCCAUGUCCGCUCCGUACACACCUUUCUGGCCACCGAAACUUUCAGCACCCAUAGUUCAGCUCUCACAGCAGAUGCAAAAACACCUCAAUGGACAGUCUGUUUAUCACAAAACCGACAACUGGAUCCCUGCUCCGAUGCCUCUGGUCUCUGAAACUGAAACACCUACGGCCUUUCUUACCCAGGAAAACGCCUUGUUGGGUGUCCACAACGGUCACUGGGUCCCUGAAAACACACAAACCAAUUUAAACAAGUUGUCUACACUUGACUGCAAAAUAACAGGACAAAACCUAUUUCACUAUAAACAGAAGACUGUUGAGGGUGGACAUGCGUCCACAAACAGGAUCUACGGUGACCCCCAAUGUCACAGAUACAACUACACAGACCAAGUGGACCUUAGCACAAACAGACCUAGUUUUCCCAAUGGCCAGACCCAACAUAUAAACAACGCAAUGGGAAAUCAUAUGGCCUACGAUAUGGCCAAUGGAUCAGGGGUGGAGUUUAUCCUAAACAGCAAUUCAGAUGGAGACAUCGGGCAGUUUCAGGGAGUCAUGGAGUCUUCUUCGGCCUAUCAGAGGGAUUGUAAUAAAGAGCAGCAGCCAAAGAUCCCAAAUACAUAUUACACCUCCUUUACCAAACAGAACUCCUCGCUGGAGCAUAUUCUGGGAUUAACCGCACCUCAAAACGUUCCUUCUUUGACAAAUUACGGACCUAUUCUGACUCAUGGGACCACUCACAGUAAGGUGGAGACCAGCUUCAUACUCAACUCCACUGGUGUAGCAUACACAGAAAGCUGUCUGAUUCCCAACGGCAACGCAACGGCCACAUCCGACACCGGUCCGUGCUCACUUUCUGAGCCCCUCCCACCUACACCGGACCCUCAGACCGCUGGUUCCUACCUAUGAUCCGUCCGAACAGAUGCUGUCCAUCACGAUAAACCUGUGCGACAAAAAAGAAAAGUACAGAUACAAUCAUUUUAGUUUUAUUUCUUCAAUCAUAUUUAUGUUCAAUAAGCCAGAUCCAUCACUGAAAUAUCAAACCAGAUAAAACUCACCCAAGAUAAUGGGACAGCACUCGAUGGCUAUGUUUGGAUUAUUUUAUUAAUGUUAUAGAUUACUGAUGCUUUGUAAGAGUAGCAAAGUGUCUCGGGUUGACAAAUGCAGUUAAACAUGAUUCAAGAUGGUCAUUCUUUAAGAAGUGUAUGUUUGUGCGCAUGUGCGUAAUGUUGAUCACCAUUUAUCGACUUAUUCAAAAAACCAUAAGAAGAACUAUUUUUGUGUGUAAAGCGUUUGUGAAACCAACGCAAAACAUGCAUUGCAAGAAUUUUUGUAAGAACAAAACAGUAUAAGAAAAACUUAAAUUGUUCUGCUCUUGUUUGAUGAAUGAGACUCAUUGUCUGUACUUCACGUCAUGAGCGUGUGCAGUAUAUAACACUUAUGAAACGGAUUGUUCCGAACCGCAGUAAAUAAAACCGAUGUGUAUAUUUAUUCAUGAAACGAGAGUUAUGUUUAUUUGACAUCAUAAAUGACGAUUUAAGGAAAAAUGAUAAGAAUAUAACAGAGCAGAAAAUAUUACUUUUGCUUUAAUCCUAAACAGACUGUAUGUUCUCACCAGUAUUCAAACCCAUGACCUUGCUUGCGCUACACAGUACCGGUCGAGCUAUUCGAUCUAUUACAUUUUAUGAGGUUGGCUCAUUAAACUAAACGAUUAUGUGUGAUUCCCAAACCAACCCAGUUUCAGGUCAAAGUAAUUCAUUCAAUUUAACCAAUUUGUCGUUGAUUUUAAGAGUAUAUUUAUUUGGCCCGUUAAUUUGUCUCAAUGCGAGUAAAAAUCACAAUGUGUAAAAAUGGUAAGAUUCAUACCUGAAUGAUUUACCUGAAGGUUUUUACCCAACGUACCAGCAAUGCAUUUCAAAACCUAGUUGAAAAGCAGGUUUUGUUCUGAAUGUGUUGAGUGAAUUGUGAAGCAGUUGAAAAAAGAUAAAAAAACAUUUCAUCGGGUUGCUGCAAGGUGUUUUCUUAAUAAUAUUGUUCUUUGUUAUAGUAUUGUGAGGUCACAGAGAUAUUAAUUUCAAAAUCUGCCUCUGUUUUUUGUUUUUCAUAAAUAUACUGUAUUUAUAGACAUUUCUAUAAAAUGUACUGUAACAACCGCACACGUUGUAACUCUGGAAACUGUCUCUUGAAAAUGUCUUUAACACGUACAUGACAAAACUAUAUUACCAUAUUUACAUUUACUUAAAAAAAAUGUUUACGUACCAGUUUGUAAAUAGUGAAAGCUGUUUAUUUCAUAUUGUGGUGAGCACUAUUUUAAAGAGCACUGUGACCUAACCAGGUUUUACUUUAUGUCUGGCACUGGAGACAAGAGGGGUGUUUGGAGUAUUUCGGGGGUUUUGUGUCCUGUAUGUAUGUUGUUUUUUUAAAGCAAAUCACAUUUGGAUUUAUUUCAAUAUUCUAACAUACACUGAAAGUAGUGGAGAGGGCCGUUCUGUCCUCAUUGAAAUGUACAAUUUGAUCCUUUCAUUAAAGA